AUGUCUUCGGCCGGUGGACUGGCAGUUGGCUCUCAAAGAUCACCAAACCUUCCUGUUUUUCCUCCAACGCCGGAUUACUACAACUCAUCCAUCUCAUCAAACCCUUACACGACAGCACCACCCCCAGGAUUUAACACAGUAGACUUAACCAACACCCAACAGCUGCAACAGCUCCAGCAACUCCAACAGCAGCAGAUCCAGCAGCAGCAAAUGCAGCAACAACAACAACAGCAGCAGCAGCAGCAGCAAUCGGGAAUGCUUCACCCCAACUACAACUCGGCCGCCAUGGGCAAUGAUGGAGGUGCAAUGCUGCCCGGUAGCUCGCACCGCCGCUCCUCAGGCCGUGACGAGUUCGACGGCCCCCACCAACUACUAGCCAAACCCACAAACUCGCACCUCGAGACGGCCGAGUCUGAAUUGAUCCAGCUGCCAGUGUCUCUCUACGCCGAAGAGCAGGACUCGAUACUCACACGCGUCAACGACCGUCUCUCACAAUGCGCCUACGACUUUGUAGCCAAAUACCAAUUCCCCAUCCCUUUGGAGCCCGACAAGCGACCCGUGCGCGUGCCCGCGGACCGCGAGUGGACUGAAUGGUGUUAUCUGCUCAAGCGCCUGGCAACCAAACGCCGCAUCCCCGCGCGCGUGCUCUACAACGGGCAAAUCAAGCAACUAGUUACUGUGCUCGAGAACUCGUUGGAAAUGAGACAUGCAGCAAAGCAUCAAAGUCGGCCCCUCAAGGACGACCGCAAUGUUUUGCAGCUCAUUUCUGCAGGGCUGCAGGUUUCGAAGAUGCUCAAGGAUCCGGACGCCAUGAGGUAUUUGGAUGAGCUGUAUGUUGCUGCCGAGCGCUUGAUUGAGAGCAGACGUGGCAAUGCUGCUUCUUGA